AUGAUGAAUUUGUUCAACAAGAUAAGGGAACUCAUUUCUGCUCUCGACUGCCCUUGGAAAUUCACUCUAAAAGAUCUCCUUAAGCCUGAAGCUGAUCGCACUGAGUUCUUUCUUGGUACUAUCCUCAAUUUUCUCAUUCACAGCGGCUCAAGAUUAAAUGAAUUAAAUCCAGUGUUGGAAGAUUUGACAAAUCUUGGUGAGCAACAACAGGAGGUUGAGGCUAGAGUAUUACAGUUGAACACAGAGAUAUCAGAGCUUAAUGAAUCAAGGGAAAGGGAGAUGCCUCUCAUUCAAGAAGCUACAUUCAGAAAAAAGAAAGAUUUAGCAAAAGAAAUGGAUGAAAAGAUAUCAAGUGCUGAAUUUGCUUUGGUUCAAAGUGCUCAAGAAAAUGCAAGUCUGCGUUCCAAAAUUGUUCAAUCUCCAGCUAAACUACAGAAAGCACUUGAGGAGAAGAAAGCAGUUCAAAUUGAGGCUAAGAAUGCAGAAAGAGAAGCAAUGCAAUCUUUUCAUGAAAAAUCUGCCACCCUUGAAGUCUAUGCAAAGGCUAGCAAGAAAAUGACCAAACAUCUGAAGCAGAUGCAGACAUUACAAGAUCAGAUAAACUCUAGCAAACAGGUUGAGAAAGAUGUGAAGGUUUUGAAGGUUAAGAAUAGUGAUGAUGGGGUGUUGGAUAAAUCACUUGAACCCAAACUAUUUCAACAACAAGCCAGAGCGGACCAAUUACAGGAAUUACUACGACAAAUAGAAAAAGAAAAGGAAGUCAAGUGUGAAGAAGCUUCCAAAGAAGUUAAUAAUGUGAGAUCACAAGUGGAGUAUGGUAGGCAUUGUUUGGAACAAAGGCAAAGGAAUGUAGAAGCUUUGGUUGCUGAGGGGGCUGCUAUAAAUGAAAAGAUUAAUAUGGAGAAUGAUUCAGCAGCAUCUACACAGCAAAUAUUACUCCGUAAAUCUCAAGAGAUUACUAAAGAGUUUUUGGAGUAUUCAAAUUCUACUUGGCACUUGGUCUCUCAAAUUGGGGAAGAAACACAAGGCAUCACAAAUUGA